AUUUAAUAGAGGUGGCGGAGAAUAUUCUUUCAAUUUCUCUCCAACUUUUCUCAUCAGGCAAACAGAAGAUAAGGUGGAGGAGGAAGGCGAGGCAACAUAAGCAAGGGGAAAAGGAAAGGAAGGGGACUAGGUUCACAAGUUUCUCUCUCUUUCUCUCUCUCUCUCUCUUUUCUCUCCUCACCAAGGAAGGGAAGAGAAAAGAAAAGGAAAAGGAAAAGAAAUUAUAGAUAAUGGAGAGGAGAGGAGAGAGGGAUUGCAAAGAGAAUGUUGAAGGGAGGUUUCCUUUAACCUUUUGGGAGGUGGCAGGGGCAUCUGCGGUGGUUGGGGCCUUCGUGUUGGGUCUUGCUUGUGUGUAUUUGACCAUGCCCGCCUCUGAUUACAGCUUCCUCAAGUUGCCUCGCAGCCUUGAAGAUAUCCAGAUUCUCAGGGAUCACCUUGAGGACUACACAAGCGACUACACCGUACAGGUUCUGGUGGGAUAUUGCAUGGUCUACAUUUUCAUGCAGACCUUCAUGAUCCCAGGUACUGUUUUCAUGUCGCUGCUUGCUGGGUCUCUUUUUGGAGUUUUAAAAGGUGUGGCUCUCGUCGUGUUCACUGCAACUGCUGGUGCUUCAUCUUGCUAUUUCCUCUCAAAACUGAUUGGACGGCCCCUAGUUUCAUUUCUUUGGCCUGACAAACUAAGUUUCUUCCAAGCGCAGGUGGCUAAAAGAAGAGAGCGGCUGCUGAACUACAUGCUUUUCUUAAGAGUGACCCCAACAUUGCCAAACACAUUUAUUAACGUUGCUUCACCGAUGGUAGAUGUGCCAUACCACAUUUUCUUCCUGGCAACCUUCAUUGGACUGAUUCCUGCUGCAUACGUCACGGUCAGGGCUGGAAUAGCACUUGGAGAGUUGAGGUCAGUGGGGGACCUUUAUGACUUCCAGUCAAUUGCGACUCUGUUCCUUAUUGGAGUUGUUUCUGUCACCCCCACAUUGAUGAGCAAGAACAAAUCAUAGUAUUCUACCACAUAUGGCUCAUGUGUGUGGAGUUGGGGGGGGGGGCCAUGAAACUUGAGCAGUCACUGCAUUCAUGUACAGAUUAAGCAAAUAAAUGCAAUGUGCAACCAUCACUGCAUCUGCAACUGGCUGGCUGGCAGGGUGGAAAUUGAAUUGGAGGGCUUUGAGCUUGGAUAAAUUCUCUGCAAUCUAUUUUAAGAUUUGGGGGUGGGUUAUGGGUUUGUAAUUUGCUUAAUUCCCCUAGUUAGAAGAAAAUAUGGAUAGGAACAAUAUUUGGAGGAAAAAUUUGUAUCAUGGUUAAAAAAUUCAGGUGUAAAGUACUGAUUUAUCAUUGUUCCAGUGCUCAAAUACAGUCAUUGAUUGAUUUGUUAUUCGAUUCGGAAUGGAUAUUGAUCUGUGGCACAGUUGGUAUAACAUACAUGGAGUUUCCCCA